AUGGCGGGAACACCGGAGAGGGAGAAGUCGCUGGGACUGCUCGAACAGGGCGAGCUCGAGGUGGAUUCAGACUCGACACUGAAUGAAGAUGAACGGCCCCCGACACCCGUGGAGAAGACGAAGGCGCAGGUUGGCUUGUUGCUGGAGUUCGCAGCAUCGAGGAUGUCUGGAUUGAGGCCCUCGUUUCUGCAGGUGAAGACGAACAAAACCUCGAAGCUGCGGCGGACAGCAUAUCUGGAUGGCAUAAGAGGAUUCGCAGCAUUACUGGUCUACUGUCUGCAUCAUGGACUAUGGGCGCAUGCGAUCAUGGGCGGCAGCACAAAGGCCGAGAACACCUUCGGCUGGGACAAGGAAUACUACUUCAUUGCAUUCCCGAUCGUGAGGACGUUCUUCAGCGGAGGCCACUAUGCAGUCGCAACAUUCUUCGUCAUAUCUGGCUACGUCCUGUCCUCGAAACCUCUAUCAUUAAUAGAGAGCGGCGACUACGUCAACCUUGGAAACAACGUGGGUUCGGCACUCUUCAGACGAUGGCUGCGUUUGUACGUGCCAAUUAUAGUGGUGACCUUCGGCUUCAUCAUACUACCGCACAUUGGCAUUGGAUCAGACUUCAAGCCUCAAGGGAACCUACGAGAUGAGAUUUGGCAAUGGUAUUGCGAUUUCAAGAACUUUACAAACAUCUGGAACACUGGCGGCGAUAUCAUCCUACAACAACAAAAGCAUGUCUGGUCCAUCCCAGUCGAAAUGAGAGGAUCCAUCACCAUCUACACUGCAAUUAUGGCUUUCUCCCGCUGCACGCGGUCAGCCAGGUUAUGGUGCGAGUGCCUGCUGUGCUUCUACUUCAUGUACAUCGUGGACGGAGCGCACUACUCCAUGUUCAUCGGUGGAAUGAUUCUCUGCGACAUUGACCAGCUCUCACUGAGUGACAAGCAACCCGACUGGAUCAAGGCAAUGAGCAGAUACAGCACGCCGCUGGCCUACGUUGGCAUGCUUGUUAGUAUUCUUCUCGGCGGAGUGCCGGGCAACAACGCGACAAUGGAGCAUUGUAAGAACUCCCCUGGAUGGUACUAUCUCUGCUUCCUCAAGCCACAGGCGGUCUUUGACUAUCGCUGGUUCUUCCUCUUCUGGGCCGCAGUCCUUGCAGUGCUCUGCAUCCCACGCAUCUCCUGGCUGAAGCGCUUCUUCGAAGGGCGUUUCUGCCAAUACCUCGGACGGAUAUCAUACAUGUUCUACCUCAUGCACGGACCGAUACUAUGGAUCGUCGGCGACCGCCUGUACGCUGCAGUCGGCUUCGUCAACUACUCCCACGCCCUGAACAUCCCAGGCUGGGCAGACUCGUUCAAGCUACCUCAAUGGGGUCCUUUCGGUCUCGAGCUGAACUACAUAAUAGCGCAAGCUAUCCUACUGCCACUGACAUUCUACGUCGCCGAGCUCACGACAGCUCUGAUCGACGACCCUGCGAUCAAAUUCGCGCAAUUUUGCUACCAGCUCACACAGCCCAAGAAGGAAUCGCAUACAGAAAUGCAGCAGAGUCGCGAGCAGCGCAAAGCCUCACAGCAGGCAUAG